AUGCUCAGCCCGCCGGCACGCCGAGAGCACGGCGGCUGCACACACGUGCAUCCAUCUGCCUGCGCCUUGCGCAUCCCCAGCGCGGCAAUAAAAACCCGAAACCGAGCCGGCCUCCCAGGCUCCAGCACGCGGGGGUGGCCACCGCAAGAGGACAGCCGUGCCCGCAAGGCGCUGUGCGAGACCGAGCCCGGCACAUUCAAACUCCGCGGCAGCUCCGGGCUGAACAAACGAUCAACAGCCGCAGGGGAAGGAACGGAGCCGAGCAGCGCGCCGGGGCGCCCACAGGGGAGCCGCCCCGAGCUCCCCCAGCCCCUCCCCGCGGGAAAGGCGCGUGGGGACCAGCCGGAGAGGCUCCCCGAGCCGUGCGAGCGCUCGGGGGACCGGGGCCGCCCUUACCUCGGGGCCGCCCUUACCUCGGGGCCUGGCGGCGGCGCUGCCACAGCCGCACAAACCACCCGUGAUGCUGCGGGCAGAAAAGAAGGCGGAAAGCGCUGCCCUCGCUCGGAGGAGAAGCCGCGGGCAGGGCUCGGCCCCCGGGCCGUGUCCACGGCAACUCGGGCCGGGCCCGCGGCCCUGUCGGCCCGGCGGGGCUCCAGGGACGUACCCGUGUCGGUGUCGGUGUCGGUGUCGGUGUCGGUGCCGGUGCCGGUGUCGGGCUCGGUGUCGGUGUCGGGCUCGGUGCCGGAGCGGCUCCCGGUGCCCAGCAUGUCCCAGGCCACUUACAUCAAGAUGUGGGCAGACACCCAGAGAGAGCUGGACACCAUGCUCCAGAGAGAGAGAGAGGAGUUACUCCAGCCACAGGAGGACCGUGGGAAAGUGAUGAAGAUGUUGGCCACUGCCUACGUCCAAUACCUGGAAAUCUUCCGGAAGCUGGAGGAGGCCCACGACCACCUCAUCCACCAGCAGAAGCGGGCGGCGGUUCGGCAGGUGCUGGACGGGGUCAUGGGCCGCAUCCUGGAGAUCAAGAAAGAGAUGGUGGCCCUGGAGAACUCCGAGUGUCACUCCAUGGAUGGCAUCCUGAUGGAGCUACAGCGUGUCCCGGAAGACAUAGAAAUUCCCAUCCCAAAGUAUUUCAUUAAAGAAAACCUGGGAAUCCUGCAGGACAGGGAGAAAUACCUGUAUGAGACUUUGCUGAAUGCUGGUUUGCUGGAACAGGAACCUGUCACGGCCAUGACACUUGAGGAAGCCAUUAAAGUGAUCCAGGUGGCAGAACGGGCUCGCCAGGGCCGCGCUCGAGCAGCGUUCAUGAAGAGAAUUUACCUUGAAGAGAAAAGACAAAGUAAAAAAGAGGAGAAAGAGACAGGUAAAAGUCCAGAUGAUGCUGCCACUUGCAUUCAAAAGGUCUGGCGUGGGCACAGCCAGCGCAAGAAAACAGAGAAGCUGAGAGAGGAGGAAAUGAUAUUUCUGGGCAUGAGUCUGCCUCCUGACUUGGAGGCAAUGAGCAUUUUGCAGAAAGAAAAUGUUCUGCAAGGUGAAGCCCAGGAAAGAGAAGACUUCUCCUUCAGGCAUGAGCUGAAGAUAACAGAGGGGCCCCACAUCAAGGAAACCCUCCAGGACCAGAUCACCCAGUGCUUCCUUGAGUGCAGGCAUAUCACGGGCAGGUUUCCUGACUAUCCGCCUGAGAAGACAGGUGGUUCCCAAGCUAUUUUUAUUGAAAAACAUCCAGAGCAGGUCCUUGAAGAGCUGGCUGCCAAAAAGGCAGAGGCAGAGAAAAAAGAAAAGGAGAAGAACGAGAAAAAAGACAAGGAAACUGCCAAAGUGAAAAAGCCACCAAAAGUCGGGAAGCCGGUAGUGGAUGAACGCUGGAAAAUAGGUCCAAGCAAUUUCCUUUUGAUGCUGGAGGAAGGAAGCUCUCAGUACCGAGUCUUUUGGGAGAACAGAGAUAACAGAUUGGAUUUUCUCCAGGAUCAUGACCCAGAGCUGAUCAAAGGAGAGGAACGGAAAGAAGUGGAGGAAGAGAUCAGAGUGCAGGUGGAUGAAGUGAUGCGGGAGAAGCUGCUGAGAGUCAAACAGGCUGUGGAUGGAGAGACAGGUCCUCAGGGCAAAGCUGGGAAAGACAAGGGAGGCAAGACACCUGCGAAGAAAAAAAUAUCUGAGCUGGAGAGAGAUCUGACACCUGAGAGGACCAUUGAUUCCCUGUACCAGGAACUUGCAGAAGAAGGAUUGCUCAUGCAAGUCAAGAAUGUGAAUCUCUCUGACUACAUUGGCUACUACGACUGUCUAAGGAACGUCCUUCGUGAGACAGGUGCCCAGCCCAUGCCCUCCAUCCCAGAAGUCAGACAGCUCGUGGCACUCUAUGGAAUAUUGCCCUUGGGUUCCCAAACUGUCCAUGAGAAUGCUCCUCUGGUGAAAUCCCUGUUGCUGGCAGGACCUGCUGGUGUUGGAAAGAAAAUGUUGGUCCAUGCUAUCUGUACAGAAACAGGAGCCAACCUCUUCAGCCUCACUCCUUCCAACGUUGGGAAGUAUCCAGGCAGGGAUGGCCUGAUAAUGAUGCUUCACAUGAUUCUCAAGGUGGGUAAGGAAUUGCAGCCUUCAGUUGUGUGGAUUGGAGACACAGAGAGAGUAUUUUCCAAAGGGGCACCGAAGGGAGAAGAAGAGGUGAACUUCAAACGCCUGGCAAAGCUCCUGCCCCAGUUCCUGAGGGCUCUGAAACCCAAGGACAGGGUUCUGCUGGUGGGCACCUCCAGCAGGCCCUUCAAUGCCAAUCUGGGACCUUUCUGCAAAGUUUACCAGAAAAUCAUUCUCAUCCCGAAGCCUGACUACCUGACGAGAUUUGCACUGUGGAAGCACUACAUCCUGCAGCACGGUGGGACCCUCACCAGGCUGGUGAACCUCAACUGCCUGGCCCAGGUGUCGGAUGGCUUCACCCAGGGCCACGUUGUGGACGUGGUGCACACGGUGCUGACUGAGCUGAGGCUGCUGCAGAUGGCCAGGAAGCCACUGAGGACUGCUGAGUUUGUCACUUCUCUGGCCAGACACGACCCGGUGUACAAAGAGGAGGAAGAAGCGUUCCAGGCCUGGUAUGCCAAGACCCCGCUGGGGAAAGCAUGGAGCACAGCACAGGCAGCAAAGGAAGAAGGAAAAGAAAAAGGAAAGAAAGGAAAAGGGAAAGGGAAAAAGUAA